AGGUCCGACAGCUAGUAGCUUUUGAAAUAACCGCCUGCGCAACCCAUACAUGUUCGGAUCUAAUCCGCUAUAGAUUUGAAGGCGAUCAGAUAAUAUUAGGAGACUCUCUCUCCCCCAUCGUUCAUCGUAUGUGCAGGCACAACAAGUAGAACGGCGGCGAUCCCUUCAACAGACAACGACUCAACUUUCCUGUAGCGACGUCCCUUUCGCUGCAAUGGUGUGAGAAGCGCUGACGAGAAGAAUAUGAGCUUGUCCUAUCCGCCAACUCGGGCGAUCAUCAAGGGUCCUUCGCGAUAGCCAUAACCAGGUUCAUAGGGCACUUUUAGAGUGCGUAAAUUUAAUACGUACGCGGCCCGCCAUGCCUGGCCUUCCCGCCACUGUCGACUUGGAUGAGUGCAUCGAGCGGCUCUACAAAAAGGAACUCCUCGCCGAUUCUGUCAUCGAAGCAAUAUGCGCCAAAGCAAAGGAGUUGCUGAUGAAGGAGAGCAAUGUAGUCCACAUUGCAGCUCCUGUAACGGUUGUGGGUGACAUUCACGGCCAGUUUUUCGACAUGAUUGAGAUCUUCAAGAUCGGAGGAUUUUGCCCCGAUACGAAUUAUCUUUUUCUCGGCGAUUAUGUCGACCGAGGUCUCUUCAGCGUUGAGACCAUCUCUCUCCUCGUCUGUCUAAAGUUGCGAUAUCCCCACCGGGUCCACCUAAUUCGAGGGAACCACGAAUCGAGAGGAGUCACGCAAUCCUACGGAUUCUAUACAGAAUGCUCCAGGAAAUACGGAAAUGCCAAUGUGUGGCAUUACUUUACUGACAUGUUUGAUUAUCUCACCCUCAGCGUUGUUAUCAAUGAUCAGAUCUUCUGCGUGCAUGGAGGACUGUCACCAUCAAUUCACUCAAUCGAUCAAAUCAAAAUCAUUGAUCGGUUUCGCGAAAUACCACAUGAGGGUCCCAUGGCCGAUCUUGUCUGGUCAGAUCCGGACCCAGAACGCGACGAAUUCUCGCUGUCUCCACGAGGGGCAGGUUAUACCUUUGGGGCGCAAGUUGUGCGCAAAUUUCUCGAGGUCAAUUCCAUGUCACACAUUCUUCGGGCCCACCAAUUGUGUCAAGAAGGAUACCAGGUUCUGUAUGACGACCGCUUAAGCACGGUAUGGAGUGCACCGAACUACUGCUAUCGAUGUGGAAACAUGGCUAGCGUCUUGGAGGUCAGUGACACUGGAGAGAGAUAUUUCAAUAUUUUUGAUGCGGCUCCCGAAAACGAUUUGCACCGAGGAGAGCAACAACAGCAACAACAAAACAAGGAUGGGGGCGUGGUAGUCGAGUACUUCUUGUAGAAUCAUCAAAAGGCGUUUCGGAAAUGGCACAGGGCAUCUAGGGGCAUGUAAAGACGCGAUCAAUGCUGGUAAAUUAGCAUGUAAGAUUAAUCUCAUUUGCAGCUCCAGAUAAUGCAUCUCAUCUCGCUCAGCGAUGAUGAAGUAAAUAAAAACAUGAAUGGCUUCGUUUCAAUCAUUUUCCCGCCGUUAUUGGGCCAAUCACCAG